CUUCUCAUACAGUAGAUUAUGCGCGCAGUCCAGAGGCAUAUUAAAACUGCGUGCGUGAACCGCCGCGAGCUGUCGAGCGGGCUUCUUCGUGUUUUUCCUGCUAGCGACUUAUAUUCCAAGCCUAGAUACCAGGACAGGUCUGCACAGCCUGACUUGUAUCAAUCAGCUCAACGCGGGCAAGCUCUGCGCAUGAGUGCGGCCGCCCUUGCUGCCGGAACGAAGCGCGCCAUGGUGAAAAUCGGCACGCACAGUGGGACGUUCCACUGCGAUGAGGCGCUGGGGUGCUGGCUGCUGAGGCAGACACCCCGCUUCAAGGACGCGGAGAUCGUGCGGACGCGUGACCCAGAGGUCCUGAAGGACCUGGACGUCGUUAUUGAUGUGGGCGGCGAGUACGACUUCCCGCGGCUGCGGCUGGACCACCACCAGCGCGAGUUCACAGAGAAGUUCGGGCACGGCUUCGAGACCACCCGCCUCAGCUCAGCAGGCCUAGUAUACAGGCACUUCGGCCGGGAGGUGCUGGCGGGCCUGCUGGGCUGGCCGCUAGACCACCCCGAGCUGGAGACCGUGUACCUGCAGGUGUACCGCAACUUCAUUGAGGCGGUGGACGCCGUGGACAACGGCGUGGGCCAGUACACGGUGCCGUCGGGUACGGCGCCGCUGUACGUGAACAACACGACGCUGGGCGCCCGUGUGGCCUCGCUCAACCCCCGCUGGAAUCAGCCCAGCGACGACGCCACCCUGUACCAGCAGUUCCUGAAGGCGGUGGAGCUGACGGGCCGCGAGUUCAGCGAGGCAGUGGACUGGGUGGCGCGCGGCUGGCUGCCCGGCCGCCGGCCCGUGGCGGAGUCGUUGGCGGCGCGGCACAGCGUGCACCCCAGCGGCAAGAUCAUUCUCCUGCUGGAGUACUGCCCUUGGAAGGACCACCUGUACGACCUGGAGCGCGAGUCGGGCUGUGUGGGCGAGGUGCUGUACUGCGUCUACCAGGACGACCGCGACAAGUCCUACCGCGUGCAGUGCGUGAGUGUGGGCCCGGGCAGCUUUGAGAACCGGCGCUCGCUGCCGGCUGCCUGGCGCGGUGUUCGCGAUGACGCGCUGAGCGAGCUGUCCGGCAUCCCAGGCUGCGUGUUCGUGCACGCGGGCGGCUUCAUCGGCGGCAACAAGACCAAGGAGGGCGCGCUGGCUAUGGCGGUCAAGGCGCUGGAGCUGGACUGAGGGAGAGGGGAUCUUGCAGAAUAGGAGGCGGUGGAGAGAGGGCUGCACACAGCUACGCGCCUUGGGGUAGGCCAGACGUAUGGCCUAAGGUGUGUGGCUGUACCCCAAGGAUGGAGGAGGUGCCGAGGAGGUCGGGCAGGUGCGAGCAGCCUGCACGGUGGCUGAAGGUCGUGAGCACUAGGCGAUCCAUUCAGCAAGACUAGUGAUCUCCUGUUCGCAGCAGGCGUGCUUGUCGGGCUUUCAGUGUAGUGAGUGUACGGUACCGUAUUACGGUAGCUGGGCCAGCUUUAAGUGUACGGUAUUAGCUGGGCCACUGGCUGGUGCCACCUUGCCCAGCUGGCCAGUCUUUAUGCUGCCAAAGGUUUAUGGACGAUUUCGACAUGGAAACCGACCCCGGGUCGUGCGUCAGUAGUUUUGCUACGAUUUCUGCACAGCGCGUCUUGUGGCGCGGGCACAACUUCAUGGGAUACACCGUGUCACAUAGGCCACGUUGGCCGCCAUGCGACACCGCUAGCGACGAACUGCAAGCGCUCGGCAAGCGCUGCAUGGGCGCCGUCGACCUCCGCAAAUAACUGGCUGCAUUUCGCGGCGUGGGCAGCACUGCAUCGGAUAGACCGUAUCACAUAGGCCAAGUUUUCGAAUCCGCGUCAGUGCUAGCGACAGCAUGCAAGCGCUCGGCAAGCGCUGCAUGGGCGCCGUCGACCUCCGCAAUUAUCAUAAGGGCUACAAAGUCAGCUUCGUAGUUUGCGUAACUGACUAAUGUUAUUGUUAUUCGAACUGCGUGGAUUCAGCAAACCAUAUUAGGACCGGUUAAUUAAAACAGUCCCUGGCAGCACUUCAGGCCAAACGUUUCGUGUGAACACAUUGCAUACACACCAUACACCCUAAAAGUAUCCAACGGCAAGCGGGAAUGUCAUGGCCAAGCCAUGGCAUGCAAGCGCUCGGCAAACACCCAGGCGACCCCGCAGCAGAGUCGCCUUACAACUAUCGCGUGCUAUGCCAACCUUGAGAGCUUGUUAUUCCCCGUCGCCGCGGUCGACGCUCACACACCCUGCUUUGCCUCUGCUGUGGCCUCCCGACCCAAGGCACUAGCGGACCGCCAUGCGAGCCAUGGGGCGUGCCUUAAGGGAGUCAACUGACAUGGGACUCAAUGUUAUACUGCUGAGCACGAGAGGAGGCGUGUACAGGUAGUGGCCCUUAGUGGCGUAGAGCUGAGGUGACAGGAGGCUCGUACAGUAAUGGCGACUGAAGUCUUAGUUGGACUGAGUGCCAGAGUCGUAACAUACGUUUGAUCAACGGUACUGCGGAUGCUGGCAUGCGCAGCACCUCCCGGACCGCUGACCGGGGCGAGGUAUUACGUAUUCA